GAAAAGCAAACAAUCAGAAUCCUAAUCCUCUGUUCCUUCUUCUUCUUCCCAAUCGAAAUUUCUCAUAAAAUCAGUCAGCUUUAUCCACCAUUUCCUGCUAUGGCGGCUGACGGCGGGGCGAUGGGAGUGGUGAAAAGGGUGAUUAGCGGCGCGUCCAAUUACUUCCACUCCCUGGCGACGGAGACGCCGCACCGGCUGCGGAAGAGGGUGCUCGCCACGUGGACGCCGGAGCAGGAGCUGACGCAAGUCCGGCUUCGGUCCGGCGCCGACAUGAAGCGGAAGCUCCAGUGGUACGACCUGAUGGCGCUCGGGAUCGGCGGAAUGCUCGGCGUCGGCGUGUUCGUCACCACCGGGUACGUCGCCGGGACGUACUCCGGCCCGGCGGUGUUCAUGUCUUACAUCGUCGCCGGCAUUUCCGCGCUGCUCUCCUCGCUCUGUUACGCCGAAUUCUCCGUCCAAAUCCCCGUCGCCGGCGGCGCCUUCAGUUACCUCCGCGUCACUUUCGGGGAAUUCAUAGGGUACUUUGCGGGGGCAAAUAUACUGAUGGAGUAUGUGUUAUCAAAUGCUGGAGUUGCUAGGAGUUUUACUGAUUACCUUUGCCGUGCCGUUGGGGUAAAUGACUCGAACCAGUGGAGGGUUAAUGUGGACGGGUUGCUGCCCGGUUACAACAACCUGGAUUUCCCAGCUGUUGCUCUCAUCCUACUACUCACUCUCUGCCUUUGCCAUAGAGUACAAAGGAGAGCUCUAUGUUGAACCUUGUGAUGACGGUAUUCCAUGUGAUGUUCUUCGGGUUCAUCAUAGUGGCUGGUUUUUACAACGGGAGUGUCAAGAACCUGGUGAAGCCCAGUGGGAUGGCUCCCUUUGGUGUGAAAGGCGUGGUAGAUGGCGCGGCCAUCGUCUACUUCAGCUACAUCGGCUACGAUUCGGUUUCCACCAUGGCCGAAGAGAUUCAGAACCCUGCAAAAGCUCUGCCCCUAGGGAUCGUGGGCUCUGUUCUCAUUGUAUGCGUUCUCUAUUGCUUCAUGGCUCUGGCUCUUUGUGUCAUGGUGCCUUUCAAUAUGAUACCAAUGGAAGCAUCAUUCUCGGCAGCAUUCCAACAGAUAGGGUGGGGGUGGGCAAGCAAUGUGGUUGGAGGUGGUGCGAGCUUGGGGAUAACUGCCUCUCUACUUGUUGCCAUGCUUGGCUAAGCUAGGUACCUUUGUGUCAUUGGGAGGGCCAGGCUAGUCCCAUCUUGGCUGGCUAAGGUCAACCCCAACACCGGCACUCCUCUCAAUGCUACCCUCUUCUUAGGGCUCUGCACGGCAUCGAUCGCUCUGUUCACAGACCUCAGCAUAGUGUUCGAAAUGAUCUCUCUCAGCACGCUCGUGGUGUUCUACCUCGUCGCCAACGCCUUGAUCUACCGACGGUACGUGAUCCUCGGGGGAAACCCACUUCCCAACACCUUCCUCUUCCUCUUCCUCCUCACCGCCACGUCCGUAGGCCUCUCAGCCUCGUGGAAGCUCGACGCCGAGUGGUGGGGGGUCCCGGUGUUUGGAGGGGCCAUGAUCGCCACCACGGGGUUCUACCAGCAGCUGGUGGUGGUGCCAUACGUUUACCAGCCCGACGACGGCUGCUGGCUCGUGCCCUUCAUGCCUUGGCCGCCCGCCAUCUCCAUCUUCCUCAACGUGUUCCUCAUGUCGACAUUGAAGCUGGUUUCUUUCAAGAGGUUUGCGGUUUGGGGGUGUUUGAUUACUCUCUUCUAUCUCAUGUAUGGUGUGCAUUCUACUUAUAGAGCCGAGGAGAUGGGAUUAGGGAGUGGUGGUGGUGGUGAGAUUCCGCUGCAGAAUUCGGAAUCCUCGUCCGCCUGUUCAGCAGAAUGUGCAUAAGUUGGGGGAGGGAUUCAAAUGAAAUGAUGACAAAUUGAGAAAAAGGUAUUAAAAAAAUGAGGGGUGUGAUCAAUUUUGCCCUCUCGUCUCUCCAUUUGUCGUGGUAAAUAUAUGGACAUGGCUAUUCGUCGUCCUAAAAAUUUGAAUUUAUCGCCCUAAACACAUGAAAUUACACAUUUAUCCUUAAACCAAUUA